AGUUGCUGCUUGCAAUCUGCAGUGCGCCGAUUAAGAUUUCGGAAGAUCGACGCCUAGUCCAGAUCUUCGGCUCUCGAGGCCAAAGAGCGCAGGCGAAAAAGGCGACUGACUGGACGAAAUUGAAGGCGGAAAAGAAAAGUGGCGCCCCGGUCACUGGCAAUCGAGAACUUUCGCCCGGCACAAAAAAGCGAGAGGAUUCACGUAGUUCAGUUACAGGCCUCCUACAACUACAUCGACUGGACCAGACACUUGCUGACCACCCUUGAGCGCGUGCAGUCUCGGAAUGAUACCACAACACUCGUUUGGCAAUUGAAUUUCCAUAGAACCCUGUCACUGCCCUCCCCGAAUUAUUCCCUUCGGAUCAGACGACCACCUGCCCUGUUCCCUGACCAUGGCUUCUCCAUCCGCCACCGACAAAGCUGAAGCAACGGCCCUCAAGGUCAAGGGCAACAAGGCUUUCCAAGAACAUGACUGGCCGACCGCCAUUGACUACUACACCAAAGCGAUCGAAAAGUACCCAUACGAUCCUUCUUUCUACUGCAACCGGGCGCAGGCGAACAUCAAGCUCGAGGCUUACGGGUACGCCGUCGCCGAUGCCACCAAGGCCAUUGAACUGGACAAAGACUAUAUCAAGGCAUAUUGGAGACGAGCCAUCGCAAACACAGCCAUUUUAAACUCGCAAGAUGCACUUCGAGAUUUCAAGACGGUGGUCAGAAAGGAACCGAACAACAGGGAAGCCAAGCUCAAGCUUGCAGAGUGUGAAAAGCUGGUCAAGAAGAUCAAGUUCCUGCGGGCGAUCGAGGUAGAAGAUGCCCCGUCGGCAUUUGAAGGAUUGGACUUGGACUCGAUAGAGGUGGAUCAGUCAUACGAUGGGGUGCGUUUAGGCGACGAAAUGACGCAAGAGUUCAUCGACGACAUGAUCGAGCGGUUCAAGAAAGGCAAAAGAAUCCACAAGAAAUAUGUGUUCCAGAUCAUCAAGGCCGUGAGAGACAUUGUCUACAACGAGCCCACCAUGGUCGAGGUGGAAGUGGCUCCUGAAACGACGUUGACCGUGUGCGGAGACACCCACGGCCAGUUCUUCGACUUGCUAGAGAUCUUCCGUCUCAACGGCUACCCUUCGGACAAGCACGCAUAUCUUUUUAACGGCGACUUUGUCGACCGAGGUUCUUGGUCUACGGAAAUCGCGUUGUUGUUGUACGCCUACAAAUGGUUACGGCCGUCAUAUUUCUUCCUGAACCGCGGGAAUCACGAGACCGACGAUAUGAACCGAGUGUAUGGCUUUGAAGGGGAGUGCAAAGCCAAAUACAACGAAAAGACCUUCAAGCUGUUCUCUGAGUCGUUUUCGGCUCUUCCGUUGGCCACCCUGAUAGGAAAGAAGUAUCUGGUCCUACACGGCGGGUUGUUCUCCGACGACAAAUAUACGCUGGACGACAUACGCAAACUCGACCGACACACCCAGCGACAACCUGGUCAGUCUGGAUUGAUGAUGGAAAUGUUGUGGACAGAUCCUCAGCCCCAGCCUGGCCGUGGGCCUAGCAAACGAGGUGUCGGCCUCCAGUUUGGUCCCGACGUCACCAAGAAGUUCUGUGAAAACAACGGCCUGGAAGCCGUUAUUCGAAGUCACGAAGUCAGAAUGGAUGGUUAUGAGGUGGAGCAUGAUGGGAAAUGCAUUACUGUCUUCUCAGCACCGAAAUACUGUGACACGACAGAAAACAAAGGAGCCUAUAUCAACAUUGGCCCAGAGCUGAAACUUGAAUACCACCAGUUUGAGGCAGUGCCGCAUCCUGACGUCAAACCGAUGGCUUAUGCGCAAAACUCGUUGAUGUCCAUGAUGUGAGAGCUCAGGGUAGAGUGAGCAGGACUUGCUCUGUUGCUUGUCGGAAUUGUUCAGUCACAUGAUGAAUCUGGUAGUAGGCGAUGACGGUUACGCCUUCUGAUACGCGCAUUGGACGCAAGUCGACACUGGAUAGUGUCAUCCGGGGGCAAGUCAAGGCAUGUAUGUUGUCACAUGUCUACUGCCGGUGUAUUUGUACAUGGAGAUGAAGAUUGUGUCUGUACAGCGAAUACGUUUGGGGCUUGAAGAGUAUGGGAGUCGGGAUGGAGGGUAGACUCCUGGUGGCACACAAUGAAGCCAUGUAUGAACACGAACCUACGCCUUGUUUUGAUCUCCCCUCGUGGACAGUUAUCUAUAUCUGCUUGAAUUGUUUCAUAGUCGGUGUACAUGUUGCGCGUCGACGGUAACUCGCAGCGUGAUGGUGAUCCCGGAUCUACCUCGUUCUGGUCUACUCUGCCUUUGAAUACUACAUUGGGCAUGCAGGCUACCAGGUUGAGCGAAGGGCGGAAACGAUGAAAUACACCUGCCUGACAAAAUCUUUUGUUGAAACACGCUAAGUAAAAUCUGCAUCCUACUAUGGAUGUGUGGUAAUCCGGU